UUAGAGAUGAAGCGUGUUUUCUCUCUACUAGAAAAGACAUGGCUUGGCUCACCGAUACUGUUUACCUGGCAAAAAUCAUCAGGAAACUAUCUUGCAGCAACAGGAGCUGAUCAUACAGUAAAAAUCUUUGAUCGCCAUGGCCAAAAAAAAAGUGAAAUUAACUUACCUGGUAACUGUGUUGCCAUGGAUUGGGAUAAAGAUGGAGAUAUCCUAGCAGUGAUUGCUGAGAAAUCCAGCUGCAUUUAUCUCUGGGAUGCCAACACAAAUAAAACCAGCCAACUAGACAGUGGCAUUAGGGAUCAAAUGUCUUUCCUUCUUUGGGCAAAAGUUGGAAGUUUCCUGGCUGUUGGAACUAUUAAAGGAAAUUUGCUAAUUUAUAAUCAUCAGACAUCUCGAAAGAUUCCUGUCCUUGGAAAACAUACCAAAAGAAUCACAUGUGGAUGUUGGAGUACAGAAAAUCUGCUUGCUUUAGGUGGUGAAGAUAAAAUAAUUACAGUUAGUAACCAGGAGGGGGACACAAUAAGACAGACAUCGGUGAGAUCAGAGCCAAGCCACAUGCAAUUUGCCACGAUAAAGACCAGCGACCAAAGUGCUGCUACUGAAAACACAAUAAGUGCGGUGAUUGGCAAGAAAACUUUGUGUAUUUUUAAUAUAAAUGAUCCAGAUUGCCCAAUUGAUCUAGAAUUUCAGCAGCGCUAUGGCAGUAUUGUCUGCUAUAGUUGGUUUGGUGAUGGCUACAUCAUGAUUGGUUUUUCACGUGGCAUUUUCGUGGCCAUUUCUACAUACUUCCAAGAAAUUGGGCAUGAGGUAUUUCAGACUCGCAACCAUAAAGAUAAUCUAACCAGUAUUGCAAUAUCACAGACUCUUAACAAAGCUGCCACAUGUGGAGAUAACUGCAUUAAAAUUCAUGACUUGGCAGAAUUAAAAGACAUGUAUGCUAUAGUCAACCUGGAUGAUGAAAAUAAAGGGUUGGGUACCUUGUCCUGGACAGAUGAUGGCCAGUUGCUGGCACUGUCUACCCAAAGGGGCUCACUCCACGUUUUCCUGACCAAGCUUCCCAUACUGGGGGCUGCCUGCAGCACAAGGAUUGCGUAUCUCACCUCCCUCCUUGAGGUCACCGUAGCCAACUUUGUUGAAGGAGAGACACCAAUCACAGUCUCAGUUGAUGUGGAACCCAACUUUAUAGCAGUAGGUCUCUAUCAUCUGGCUGUGGGAAUGAACAAUCGAGCCUGGUUUUAUGUUCUUGGAGAGAACGGUGUAAAAAAAUUAAAAGACGUAGAAUAUCUUGGAACAGUAGCUAGCAUUUGUCUUCAUUCUGACUAUGCUUCCGCACUUUUUGAAGGCAAAGUCCAGUUACAUUUGAUAGAAAGUGAAAUCUCCAAUGCUCAAGAAGAACGUGAGACUCGACUCUUCCCAGCAGUGGACGAUAAAUGCCGUAUUUUAUGUCAUGCCUUAACUGGUGAUUUCCUCAUCUAUGGGACAGAUACUGGCGUCAUUCAAUAUUUUUAUAUUGAAGACUGGCAAUAUGUUAAUGAUUAUCGACAUCCUGUUGGUGUGAAAAAGAUUUUUCCUGACCCAAAUGGGACCAAAUUAAUUUUCAUUGAUGAAAAAAGUGAUGGAUUUGUUUACUGUCCAGUUAAUGAUGCUACCUAUGAGAUUUCAGAUUUCUCACCAACCAUUAAAGGUGUUCUUUGGGAAAACUGGCCGAUGGAUAAAGGCGUAUUUAUUGCUUAUGAUGACGAUAAAGUGUACACUUAUGUCUUUCAUAAGGACACCAUACAAGGAUCCAAGGUUAUUUUGGCUGGUAGCACCAAAGUUCCCUUCUCUCAUAAACCUCUGCUGUUGUACAAUGGUGAGCUGACCUGCCAGACAGAGAGUGGAAAAAUCAACAGCAUCUUCCUCAGCACCCACGGCUUCCUCCACAGUUUAAAAGACAAGUCGCCUAACGAACUGAGACAAAUGUUGGCCCAGACUUUAAUGCUCAAAAGGUUUUCUGAUGCUUGGGACAUAUGCAAGAUUCUGAAUGAUCAUGCUGCCUGGAAUGAUUUGGCCAAAGCUUGCCUGCAUCACAUGGAAGUGGAGUUUGCAAUCCGGGUUUAUCGGGCAAUUGGAAACGUCGGCAUGGUGAUGUCCCUAGAAGAAAUAAAGGGAAUAGAGGACUACAAUCUUUUGGCAGGACAUCUUGCCAUGUUUAUGAAUGACUUCAACCUGGCUCAGGACCUGUACCUUGCAUCCAGCUGUCCUGUGGCUGCCCUAGAGAUGAGAAGGGAUUUACAGCAUUGGGACAGUGCUCUCCAACUGGCAAAACGUUUGGCCCCAGAGCAAAUACCAUUUAUAUCAAAAGAAUAUGCUAUUCAGCUUGAAUUCACGGGUGAUUAUGUAAAUGCUUUGGCUCAUUAUGAAAAAGGAAUAACAGGUGAAAAUAAGGAGCACGAUGAAGUGUGCCUGGCUGGAGUGGCCCAGAUGUCCAUAAGAAUGGGAGACAUACGCAGAGGGGUCAACCAAGCCCUCAAGCACCCCAGCAGGGUUCUUAAAAGAGACUGUGGAGCCAUAUUGGAAAAUAUGAAGCAAUUUUCAGAAGCAGCUCAACUGUAUGAAAAAGGCCAGUACUAUGACAAAGCAGCCUCUGUUUACAUCCGCUGUAAGAACUGGGCAAAGGUUGGCGAGCUUCUGCCUCAUGUUUCUUCUCCUAAGAUCCACUUACAGUAUGCCAAAGCUAAAGAAGCAGACGGAAGAUACAAAGAAGCUGUCCUGGCUUAUGAGAACGCCAAGCAGUGGAACAGUGUGAUCCGCAUCUAUCUGGAUCACCUCAACAACCCGGAGAAGGCCGUCAGCAUCGUCAGAGAGACCCAGUCUCUGGACGGGGCCAAGAUGGUAGCCAGGUUUUUUCUACAGCUGGGUGACUAUGGGUCUGCCAUCCAGUUUCUUGUCAUGUCCAAAUGUAACAAUGAAGCUUUCACCCUGGCCCAGCAACACAACAAAAUGGAAAUUUAUGCAGACAUUAUUGGUUCCGAAGACACGACUAACGAAGACUACCAAAGCAUCGCCUUGUACUUUGAAGGAGAAAAGAGACAUUUUCAGGCUGGAAAAUUCUUCUUGCUAUGUGGCCAGUAUUCCCGAGCACUGAAACAUUUCCUGAAAUGCCCUAGCUCAGAAGAUAAUAUGGCAAUAGAAAUGGCAAUAGAAACUGUUGGCCAAGCCAAAGAUGAACUGCUGACCAGUCAGCUGAUCGACCACCUGAUGGGGGAGAGUGACGGCCUGCCCAAGGACGCCAAAUACCUGUUCCGCUUGUACAUGGCUCUAAAACAGUACCGAGAGGCUGCCCGGACCGCCAUAAUAAUUGCCAGAGAAGAGCAGUCUGCUGGAAACUAUCGGAAUGCACAUGAUGUUCUCUUCAGCAUGUACGCAGAACUUAAAUCCCAGAAGAUCAAAAUUCCCUCUGAGAUGGCCACCAACCUCAUGAUCCUGCACAGUUAUAUACUGGUGAAGAUUCAUGUUAAAAAUGGAGAUCACAUGAAAGGGGCACGCAUGCUCAUUCGGGUGGCCAACAACAUUAGCAAAUUUCCAUCACACAUUGUGCCCAUCCUGACGUCUACUGUGAUCGAGUGUCACAGGGCAGGCCUGAAGAACUCUGCUUUCAGUUUUGCAGCUAUGCUGAUGAGGCCUGAGUACCGCAACAAAAUAGAUGCCAAGUACAAAAAGAAGAUCGAGGCAAUGGUCAGGAGACCUGAUACAUCUGAGACAGAAGAGGCCACGACCCCGUGUCCAUACUGUGAAUUUCUUCUCCCAGAGUGUGAACUCCUCUGUCCUGGAUGUAAAAACAACAUCCCCUAUUGCAUUGCAACAGGCCGGCACAUGUUGAAAAAUGACUGGACAGUGUGUCCACACUGUGAAUUUCCUGCACUAUAUUCAGAAUUUAAGACCAUGUUAAACCAUGAAAGCACAUGUCCUAUGUGUUCAGAAAGAUUAGAUUCUGCUCAGCUGAAGAACAUUUCAGACUGUACCAAGUACCUACGAACAGAGAUGGAAUAGUGGGCAGCACGUGCAGAUACAGUGUUCCUGAGAAGAUAGUAAUUUUUCCACAGGAGACUGUUUCCACCCCAAUGGACUUAAGAGAUGAUUCUUCAUAGAUACACAAAAAAGAAACAGAGGUGACCUCUCCAGGUCAGCACUUGGCAAAAGUGACAUAUAAUAGUGUUGUUUAUUAUACUUUGUAUAUUUCCUCUUCAAAGUUUACAUUUUAAUAGUAACCUAUAACGUAAUUGUAAAUACUUAGUUUUUGAUUACUUUUAU